UGAGCUUUAGUGAUUAUACUUCGAAUGCCUCUAUUCUAUGUCAUGUCGUAAUAUAGGAUAUCCCCUCCAGAAGGUAAAUGGAGAAGUCAAACUGUCGGUGUGCUUCUCUUUACCUGACCGCCAGUCACAAUUUCAAAUUAUCCAGGACGAGUUGUGAGCUUUUUUUCGUCGCGCGUGUUUCCACGACAGCGUGAUGCAUUCUCGCGCAUUUCUAUUUCUUUGUUGUUCGUUUCUGAUGGUAAACCAUUAUUGUUGCGAGGAAAAUGUCACUAGUGUCACAGAAGAAAACGCGUUAGCGAAAUUAGUCAAAAUGUUUUCAAAACCCGGGGCAUUCAAACGAAUUAACGCAAUACUCGGUGAAAAUUCGAUCGAAGAAUCUUUUACUUCUUGUCCAAAAGGUGAGGAAGGCCUCGAAUGCAGAAGAGCUGAGGCCAGGCGAUCCGUCGACUGUCCUCAAGGUGAUUGUUAUUGCUACAAUUGUGCUGCAGCUGGUCCUGAGUUAUGGGCAUCCUGUUGUCGUGAAAGCUUGCGAUGCUGUUCGCAUCUUGCAGCGGCAUGUCGUACCUGCGACCAUCCAACGCUAUACCCAUUUUGCUCAAAACAUUUUAAAAAAUGUCUCGUCGAAUUGAAAAAGCAAAAUUAACAUCCGUUCUUUGCGAUACGAUUAAUUUUCACCACAAGGACAAAUAAUCGAAUGAAACGUGAGAAAAUAGGGUAACUAAUACAGGUUAUAACAGUUUCUAAACAUUGAAUUAUAGAAAUAAGAGAAAGAAUAUUUCAACAAAACGAAGAUACAUUUUUAAAAACACGGUUAACAACUGUAACCAUGACCAAAUUUUAUAAUAUUUUUACACAACUAUAAAUUAAAUCCGUACAAAAUGAUAACACGAAUGAAAUUCGCGUAGGUUAAGUUAAUCGACAAUCGUAUCUUGCAUAAGUUGAAAGUUUUACGCCGAGUUUCUAAAUAUAGCGCUUAUCUUUCGACCCGUUAAACUGGUCCCCGUUUCAAUUUUUUUUUUGUGCUACGUUACAUUACGCACCAGAUAGGGUAACGCGAAACGUGAGAUGCCGUGAUAAAUCGUACCUGAACUCAUGUAAAAUUCGUGUAUUCUUUUUUUUUUUCUUUCGCGAAAUAUCGAAGAGGAAGAGGAAACACAACGGUGAAUUCAUCGAAAUAGAGAAGCAACAGAAGGGAAGACAUAUGUCGAUAUGUCCGUAAUAACAGAUUAGACAAUAAGAUAACGUUUUUACUAUGUACAGAAAAAAAAAAAAAUCAAUAAAAAAGAAAAGAAUAAGAACAAAAGAAGUAUUAGAAUUUAUAAUGACGAAAUUCUUGAGCGUUCAUAGGUCAAUGUACAAACAUAGUAAAAAGUUAAUGUACCUCCUAAAGACUAAACGAUCGCAGGCCAUUAAUCCGCCGCUUUUUUUUUUGUAUCUUAACGAUUAUUGAGAACAUUUGAGUUAUGCAGUUACUGUCCAAGCGAUAGACAAAAAGUAACAGACGGUUUGACAAGUCGCACAUUUACAAAAUACCUUGCCAAUCGAAACGUACGAAAAGUAAAUACAACGCUGCUUCGAGAAAAUUUUUUUUCUCUUCGACGGAUAUUUUUUUCAUUCAUUUCUUUUUUUUUUGUUUUUGUUUUUGUUUUGUUUUUACAUGUAACAUUAAAAGCUGACAAUUCGAGAGUACAAAUAAUAAAUCAUCACUCAAAAUACAAUCAUUGAUAAGCUUUAUUUGUGUAGUCUUCAGAGUAUUUAGUAAUCCGUACUUUUUUUUAAAACUACUAAAUCCUAUAAAUUGUGGGGGCAGAGAUACUUUGAUCAAGUAGCCAGACUUAAACAAUACGGAAUUAAUACGAAUUUGAUUUCAUUUCUUCUUUUUUUUCUUUUGUUUCUGGACGUAAAAUUUU